AUGUCGACAGACCUGCUGGCUGAAUUUGGUCAGACGGGGUCCUUAACUGGGAAGGAUGGUAGGAAAGCAUAUGAGCCGACCAGCGACUCGCAGCAGGACAAAGAUGUCCUCAUAGCCAUCGUUCCAGACACUCCUGAGCAUGCCGCCAAUCCGGACAAAGGAGAUAGUCUUCCAGGAAAUAUCUGGCGCACGGACAAUAGUGGUGCGGACGUUCUGUUUGAUGCUUCGAUAGAUCAGUAUGACCUCGAUGACGACUUUGGCGACUUUGAGGACGCAAAGCAGGAGAUAGCGCAAGGGCAGCCCAUGAACCUACUCGACGGUACCGUGUCAAAAGAGUCUUCAUCAGGUGCUACAGUACAGACGCAGAGCUUGCUUGGCUUGAAGGGCCCCAAUGAUUCACUAAAGUUUUCGUCAAGCGAAACUCAAAACCGGGAUCAGGAGUUUGAGUGGGACCCUUUCUUGGUAGCCGUUACGAAAGAAAGAACCAAGGAAGUGAGUCUUCACGCUUCUACAGAAGCAUCUAACAACGAACAAGCAUUCACGAUGGAUGAAACAGCAGAAGUGGAAGAGUGGGAGCCUUUUGAAUAUGGCGAAACUGAGGCCUCCGUGCAAAACACCCAUGCUACUCAGAUUCCAACUCAAUCGGACAUGGCUGGGACGAUGUCAGAAUUGAACAGUUCGCCGCGUCGGCCUCCUUUGGGGGAAACAACACCAGCUGUCGCACUCAAAGACGAGAGGCGACCUGUUAACAUUCCUCCUCCUGCUAUCUUACUUCAGAUUCUGCCCAGGGUCUUUGAGAAUCUGGUUGACAUUAGUCGCACACAUGAGCCUGCUCGGUGUUGCAAGGCUAUGUUGCAAACCUACACAGUAACCAGCCAUGUUAUUGCUGGGCGCAGCCUUCGCUGGAAACGGGACAGUAUCCUUAGUCAAAAUAACAAAAUCGGCCCAGCAGCAGCUGGAGGAAAAGGAGGCGGGAUGAAGCUUACUGCUGUUGACAAAACCGAAAGCCUGAAGGAGGAACGAGAAGUCGCAGAUGUAGUUGAAGCUUGGGAAAGAUACGCUCAUGUGUUCAACUCGACGUUGCACAAAGCUGGAUUUCGGCGACCAUUAAUGACGCUGUCUGAACGAACCAGACCUCGUCCAGUGAAAGGACCCGGGGUGCUAACUUCACAAUAUGCUUGUGCUCUAUGCGGGCUGAAGAGGGAGGAACGGGUAGUUGAAACAGACAUCAAUGUCGAUGACCUAUUUGGAGAAUUCUGGGUUGAAUAUUGGGGACACCGCGAUUGCGAAGACUUCUGGCAGGAGAACCAAGCUCUCUUGCCACAGCGCUGA